AUGUAUCUGGAAUGCAUACUAACCUUACUUCUCAUUCCAGGUUCCGUCGUGGCAUCCGCCAAUGUAGAAGAAACAAAGCUGAAGAAUCUGAAGAAUAUUGCUAUGACAGAGAAGGAGUACAAAAGAGUACAGCAGUUGCACUACGGCUGGUACAUACAAGCUGUUAGUGCCCUUCUAGGUGCUAUGGGGAAGGAGAUGUAUAUGAAAAUGGAUAGAAACAAUCGACGAGCAUUUGUUGCUUGCUUAGAUGGUAUCGAAAAGGAACAUGAUCUACAGUCGGGAGCAAAAUGCUUGGUGAAAGCAUUCGACAAAAAGCUAGAAGAAACUAUGGAAGAGGCCAAGAGAAGUGACCGCAUGGAUUCUCCGUACAAACCUACUACAAUGGACAAACUGCCAUCACUGAUGAUAGAAGAGAAAACACCUGUAAAGAUGGUUACGAAGUUGCUGGGUUCGCUGUGGAGAACUGCAAGGAACGAGACGGAUAAUGGCAGGAUACGGCUGAAAGGUUCAUUUUCACGAUUGCAACAGCUCCAAGAAAAAGUAAUAGAGAUGAAGAGAGAAACGCAAUUCAAACAUCGUAUGCUUGAUAUGGUCGUUGGAAAAAAUAAUCCUUUAAAAAGAAGAAAAAGCUUCACAGACAGAUUCCGUGACCUAAUGCCGGAAAAGGCUGUGGAUAAAAACGUCUAUGGUCUGGUAGAUGCUGUAUCCAGACACACCAAAGAUGUCAACUCCCAGAUGUUAUCACCGCGGAUUCUUCCUCUCAUGCCUGAUAAGUACAGCGUAUCGAAGAAAUUGCUCUCACCAGAUCUAUUUCCACUCUACAAAGAUGACACCGGCAAUAGUAUACUGUCCAUACCAAAAGUUUUGGAAGAAUCCGGUCUAGAUACCAAGGAUCGUGAUGCUAUUUUGGAGUUGGUAAUGGACGUAACGGGUGUGAAUGAUGUCGUCGAGAAGUCAAUGGAUUUGCUGGAUAACAUAAAAACGCUAAAUCUGGGUAAAGACCUAGCUGUGAUUACCAAGGUCCUUGACGACGCUUUUGUGAAUAUCAAGAACAACCUGCGUGCACAACAAAGGCAGGAACUGGCAAGCCGCCAGUUUACCUUCUUGGACAAGCCUCAGCUGGACAAGCUGUACGGAAGAGAAGGCCUACUAAACACCACCAUUGCCGAUUUUCCAUUUGAUCUAGACGAGUAUGGUGGGAUGAACCAAGUCGAACGAGAAGAAUCGCUGAGAACUACCGUACGCAUCCUGGCUGAUGAUCCUCAAGCUCUGCAUCGACGAUUUAAACGAACUAUCGAUAUUAAAUACUUCAAUCAUGUAACACUAUCACCAUACGCUUUUGCUCCGACUGUCAAUACGUUGAACGUUUUGGGCCCUGUAACGCUAUCGCCUAGUCUAUUCUCACCAAAUAUCGUCUCACCGCUGUUGCUAAGUCCACCAACUAUUUCACCGCAGGUGGGAAACCCGCUCAUCCUCUCUCCCUAUGUGCUUGGCCCAAACACGCUCUCUGCCGCAGUGUUCAACACCUACAUUCUUUCGCCGUAUGUUCUCUCACCAAAUGUGAUCAACCCAUACGUGCUGUCUCCACUCAUUCUAUCCCCAUAUGUUCUUUGCCCGGAUGUCUUGUCUCCCACUAUACUUUCCGGAGCAAUUCUCUCCCCUUCAGUGCUUUCUCCAGCAGUCUUCACCGAAUCAGCUCUAGCUAUCAACGUCCUGUCACCAUCAUUUUUGUCAUAA